AUGUCUCAACCGAAAAAUCUUUUCUUCAGUGCACUUUUGCUUUUCGUUGUUUUACUCGUGUCCAAAGUUUACUCUUUUGAUCCCAACACAGUAGAUCCCAACACCAAAGCCACUUGGUGUAAUGAUCAAACGACCACCUGUACAAACAUUUGUAAUGAUAAUGGUAGUGGAGGAGUAUCAAUCAAUUAUUGUAAAGCAGAUACUCUUGAAUAUUCCUGUGUUUGUGCAAAUGGGAUAACACCAAACUCUACUGAAUACACCCAAACCAUACCAUACUUUAUGUGUAUCGCUGAUCAAGAGACAUGUACAAAAAACUGUGGUCCCGCCGCUCAAGAUUGUGUUAACGGAUGUCAGAAAAAUUGCACUGCCACAUAUGUCAGACCUCCAAAAGAACCCCCAACAACUGUUGGCGAUAAUGGAAAGACUCCUGAUAAUUCCGCUGCUUCACCCACAUCUACUCCAAAGAAUCCUAAUACUCUUCUUAACAGUGCCGCUUUCAUGAUAUCCCCAAUUCAAGGAAGUUUCUUGUUAUUAUUUACUCUUGUUAUCACUUUCUUGGGUCGCGUAAAUUCAGCAUAA